UUCUAGCUGAACUAUACUAUAACAAGACAUCACACCUUUAAACUAAGGCUCAAUGUAUUGGAAAAUUUAGGAAUCUUCAAUGUUUCAUUUGUUUCAGCAUAGCUGUGGUAACGCACAUUCUCUAAACUGUUCACAUCUGUCAUGUUCUGCCCGAGGCGACAUGAGCUCUGUGUAGUGUUCGGUAAUCUGUCUCUUCCUGUUUAACAUCAGGCAGUCAGAGUGUAAGUAACCGAUGAUGGCCUCAUUCUGUUCCACACCUCAUAUUGCUCUUUGAAGGACUACGGUUCAGCACGUACCCAUAACCCAUUGGGGGCCGACAGUGGCCCCUGCUGCUCCUUCAGAGUGCAUGUUACCAUCCACUCACUGAAACUAGGGCUAUCAUAAAACUUUCCCCAACUUCUAUAAAGGUAAAAGGUGUAAUUUUCUAUAAAGAUAAAUUAGGAUACAUAUCUUCUAUAAAGUUAUAAGCUAUUAAUUCACCCUCACGUCAUUUCAACAGAACACAAAAAAAAGGAUAAUUUGAAGAAUGUUGAUGACAAACAUUUUUUUGACUUCCAAUGUAUGAGCACCAAACCCUUGAGACAUUCCUCAAAAUACCUUCCUUGGUUUCUAAAGAAGAAAGAGUCAUACAGAUUUUGAAAGAUAUGAAAGCGUAUAUAAAUAACAAAAUUUAAAUUUUUGGUUGAUCCUUCGCAUUAUUCCUUUGCCUUUUUAUAUACAUGAUGUAUACAGCCAAAUCUGCCCUAUAGGUUAUUUUUACAAAUUCUCUUCACAUCUUUCAUUUGAUGUACCAGUUAAGAGGUAAUAUUUUACACAUGUGGAUUUUGAUCACUAAAACUUUACUAUUGAGAACUGAUAUGAAGUCUUAAUAGCAUGUAUAUCACACAUAUCGUUGAAAAACAGAAACCACUGCUUUAAAAUAAUGUAAAGCCAUUACAGAAAUACGUUUAAAGUGGUAAUUGGCUUACUUUCCACUGAGUUUAAUGGUCUCUGUAAGCUUCUACUAGUAAGUGUGAUACAAUUUGCAAUGGUAAACAGUUCCGUUGGUUUGCAGGGGUUUGUUUCCAUUAUAAAUUGUUAUAUAGUCAAGGUUGCGCUUAUGCGCAGUUCCCAUACUGGCCACCAGGGGGAUUAUUUACUGCCUACGUUUGCCCCAAUGUGCGUGCUCGCCUCUUUGACCUGCGAUGUUCUCAAAUUCACAUUAUUUAUUGAUCUUUUUUUGACGUGAGACGUCAAACGCUUUCUCUUCUCCGGCCAUAUCACGCACAUAAGUUAAACCGUAUAUGUUCUGUAAUAUAAGCACACAUUCUUGUCAUAAGCAAUGCAUCUUAUUGUCAUAUAUAGGCACUCUUUCUUUGUCGAUAAUCUAUAGAUUCGUAUGUAAUUGUCAUGAAAGUAUUACAUUCACUCUGGUUACAUUUGUAGCGCUGAAGGCAUCGCGCUCUCCGUUACUUUUCUCCGCGCUUUUGCGCGUCGUCUCAUGGGCGGUCUUAUUACACGGUGACGGCACGCAGUUCAGUCAGCUGUGGGCCGUUCGCUGGACAGCAGCACCAGUUGCUUUUCUCCAUCCGUGCGCGCAAUGUUUUCAACUGGACUUUUGGAUACGUCUCCGUAUAUCCACAGGUAGUUCAGCCCGUGAGCUUUGCAUUGCAUUCGCAUAUUUCUUUCAACCUCUUGGACUAUAAUCGAUAAGUCUCACUUUUUGACUAAUAACGGCGGUACGUUUUAAUGUGGAUAUUUACGUGCGCAUCUAGUGUACAUUAUUGCGCAACAAAACGCGGUCCUGUAUACGAAAGAGAGCGAUGCUCAAACCUUUGCAGCUGAUGCGUUUCUCAUAAGUUUACAUUAUUCGGGAAAAAUAUCGAUUAUAAGUUUGGAUGUGAAGGCAAACGGAGGAACACAAUGGCGAGCGAUCUGAAACCUCGGUUGUGCGUGAUGAAGAAAGAUGAGAACGGCUACGGCUUUCAUCUGCACGGCGAGAAAGGCAAAACCGGACAGUACAUACGGAAAGUGGAGCGCGCGUCCCCGGCAGAAGCGUCGGGGCUGCGCGCGGGUGACCGUGUGGUGGAGGUGAACGGCGUGAACGUGGAAAAAGAAACGCACCAUCAGGUGGUGCAGCGGAUAAAGGCUGUGGAACAUGAAACCAGACUGCUGGUGGUUGACCGAGAAGCGGACGAGUAUUUCCGCAGAUUACGUCUCGCGUGUACGGAGGAGAUGGCCACCAGAAAGAGCCCUGCAGCCCCGUCCCCUUCAACCUCCACCAGUAAACAAGGCAACGGAUCCGUGUCCAAACGCACCGAGAUAUCCAAACCCAUCAGGAAAGCUCCAUCACGAGCUACGAAGAAGGAGGUUCAGCCAUCGUCGGACUCCUCGAGUAGAGAUCCACCUGAGCUUCUGCCGAGACUGUGUAUCCUCGCCCGGUCCGAUACAGGUUAUGGCUUUAACCUGCACAGCGAGAGGUCAAAACCUGGUCAGUACAUGCGGGCCCUGGACCCCGGCUCACCCGCAGACCGCGCUGGACUCAAACCACAGGACAGACUCAUAGAGGUAAAUGGUGUAAACAUUGAAGGUAUGAAACACGCUGAAGUUGUGGCCUUCAUCAAGAACGGAGGGAACGAGACGCGCUUGCUAGUGGUGGAUCCAGAUACAGACGAUCAUUUUAAGAAGUUGGGCAUCACCCCAACCAGCAUUCAUGUCAAAGAUUUCGAUGAGUCCAUUAUGAACGGCUCCUCGAGCCCUCACGUGAACGGAACGUCCUCACGAUCGACACACUCUGACGCCAGCAGUCAAGACAUGAACACACAGAUCUCAAGGGACAGCAGCAGUCAUAUUCUCGACCCCUUUGAGGAAAUGGGUCUGUGCCUGAGCCCCACGGCGGCGGAGGCGAAGGAAAAAGCUUACGCCAAGCGCGCUAAAAAAAGAGCUCCGCAGAUGGAUUGGAGCAAGAAACACGAGAUUUUCAGCAAUUUCUGAAUCGCGAAAAGACACGCUAACACAAACACGUACUUGCUGACGUGUGAUGCCCUGGACACCCGGCUGCUUUUAAUGGAAAAUACUAUUUUUGUAGAAAAGAGAAAACUUUCAUCAUAAAAAGAACAACUCACCAUUGGAGAAGACAUCAGCUACGCUAUAUCUUUAAACAACAUAUGUAAAAACUCCACCGGGCCUGUUCGUAAAGAGUUUCUGCGCUGUCUUCCUCGUUUUGUUUUCAUUCAUUUUACUUAAAAAUCAUGCAUUUACAAUAACGCCAAAAAUGUACAUUUGGAUUACGAUAUUUGAAAAUACAAAACCAUUUGGGCGCUGUUUGGUCGAUGGGACACAAUCCAAUAUUCAAUUUAGAUUGACCAAUUGAAUGAAGCUUUUUUAUGUUGUAGGUUUUAUGAAUCAUUACUUAUGAAGGAAUCUUUGCCAAAGACAAUCUGCCCAUGUUUAAUCUCUACGGAUUGUUUUAUUCGAAGCGUUGAAGGGAAAACACACUCAUAUAGUGUUGUGGAAUUAUUGAGCUUUCAGGAAGGAAGAAAACUGGAAAAACAAGCAAGAAACUUCACUUCUUCAACACUAGAGGGCGCUGUCGGUGGACUUUUGCUCUUCAUUGUGACAGAAGCACUUGGAUGGAGUUUUAUAUCUCAACCGACAGAGGGACCAAACAGUCCAUAGUGCAAUAAAACUGGGAUUUAUGAGAUGAACAAGGGGUCAUAAAAGUUAUACCACAGUGUCGUUUCAGUAUUGGCUGUAUGGUCUAUUCUGAGGUGUGUUGAAACCUGACAGCAUGCUAGAAAUAACAAACCAUGCAAAAAUGAAAACGGAAUCAAAACCAAUCAAACUCAUUCUUGUACUCGUGUGUAUCUGCACAUGGAAAAGUUGGAGAUGUUGGAAAAAGUAAUGUACACAAUACACAACCCACUCAUCUCAUGAAUGUUUAACACGGGUCGAUUGAAUAAGGACACUUAGUAUAUGAUCUAUUGGUGGAGUCAAAAAUUCAUGGUCAAUAAUGCAGACAAUCCGAGCGCUAUAUACAUUUACAGCACGCAUUAUGUGAUAUAUUAACAUUAGCAUUACUUUAAUAUCCCUAAAUAUUUCAUGAUACAUUCCAUGUUUGUAAUGUAGUAUUAAUGUAGUCGAGUAGUUUUUGUUUCAGCGUUUCCCUUUCAUUCCCCGGUGCUGACAUUGAGCACAAUGGGAAAUCAUUUCCUAUCAGAAUAUAUGAGUAUUAUUUUUAUCAAUAAAGUGUGAUAUUCACAUUCAAAAUCAUAUUUAUCAGAAAGUGUGGUGAAGCCACGUGUUUUUUAACAACUUUCCCACAUUAAGAAAUACUUUAGU